AUGAUAUCUAAUCUAUUUUGUGGAAACUGUAAGGCUUUGCAAGCACCAGAUAAGGGCAACAAUUAUUUUAAAAUUAUGGGAAUUAAGGAGUCCUAUGAUUUAGAUGAAAUAGAAUUGGCGAAUAAAUAUAAGGAUUUACAAAAAUAUUUACAUCCUGAUAAAUUUGCCACCAGAGACAAGAUGGAACAAGAAAUAUCUGCACAAUAUUCGUCUCUUGUAAAUGAAGCUUACAAAACAUUAUUAGAACCUUUAGCCAGAGGUAUAUACAUGCUUCAUCUCAGAGGAAAAAAGAUUCCGGAAAAAACAGAAAUCGAUAAAGAAUUUCUUAUGAAAAUAAUGGAAAAGAAUGAAGAAGUGGAAAAUGCUGCAUCUAAAGCGGAAAUUAUGCAGUUAAAUGAAGAAAAUAAAACUGUUAUAAAAGACCUUCAGAGACAAGUUUCUUCUGCUUUCUUUGAUGUUAACUCUGAACGUUACUUAGAUAAAGUAAUUCAGGGAUCUCCAACUUCCAUUGCGAAGUAUCCAGUGCUGGCUCAACUCUUACUCGACGCUUGGGGCUCCCAGGAGUAUUUGCAGCACUGUGCAGGGAUCAUUCUCACAUCCAGACAUGUACUGUCAGCGGCACAUUGCUUCCAAUAUAAUGAGAAUACAAAGAGAAACUACUCCGUUCCAACGCACUGGAGAAUUCGAGUUGGUUCGUCUUACAGAACUAGAGGUGGGGCAAUGCACAAAUUGAAAACGAUAAUUACUCAUGAAGACUUCAACAAGUAUUACUACACCAACGAUAUCGCUAUAGUGAUUGUAUCUAAGCAGUUCACGUUCAAUAAUAAUGUGAAACAGAGUACUAUCAUCAAACAAGGAGUUGAAAUUAAUGUUGAUUCUCCUUGCCAGCUCGUUGGAUGGGGAGUUCUGGAGCCCGAUGGACCUCAACCGGAUCAAUUACAACACACGAUACUAAACAUAAUAGACCAUAAGAUAUGUGAAUAUCGCUACAGUACUAUUGGAGCAGUAAUUCAAGACUCAAUGAUGUGUGCCGGACGCCUGGACACCGCAGGGCCAGACGGAUGCUUUGGAGAUUCCGGAGGUCCCCUGUUCUACAAAGGCCUAGUCGUAGGGUUGGUCUCUUUCGGAUAUUCUUGUGGCCAUAAAUAUUAUCCUGGCGUUUAUACGAAGGUUUCCCAUUUUACCAAUUGGGUGGUAAAUACUGUUAAGAAAAAUAAAUGA